GGAUUCUAACGACGCGGAAGAUGACCGGCUCCACGAUCCAGGCGGCGAGAAGCUCGAGCGGCGGCGCGUUCAGGCGCGGGGGCGGAUUCCGAGGGGCGCCGAUCGCGUUCGCGGUGUUGAUCCUCGCCAGUCUCGUGAGAUCGGCCGAUGCGCUGAAGGUGACCAUCGGCGGCCACGACAAGGAGUGCUUCAACCUGCACGCUGAUCGCUCGGGCGACACUUUCGUCGGGUCCUUCAACGUCGUGGAGGACGGUACGGCCUCGGACGUCUUCGACAUGAUCGUGAAGGACGAGGACAGGUCGAUCGUGUACAGCUUCAAGCACAGCAGCGAGCACAAGUUCGAGUUCAACACCAACCGCGAUGGCGCGCACGAGUUCUGCUUCACCAACAACAAGGGGCACCCGCACACGCUGUACUGGGACGUCAACGUGGGGCAUCACUGGGCACACGACGCCGCCACCGACGCCCACGUCGACGAGCUGCAGAUGUCCUUGGACUCGAUGAGGGAGAUGUACUACAAGCUCCGAUCGGAGGUCAUCUACCAGAAGCACAGGGAGGCGGCGCACAGGCGGACGGCGGAUACCAUCACCGGGCGGGUGAUGGGUUUCAGCGUUUUGAACACAGCCGUGCUCAUCGGGGUGGCGCUGUUCCAGGCGUACUACGUCAAGCAGCUCUUCGAGUCGAAGAGGCGAGGGUCCAUGUCGACCAUGCGAAGCGUGUGAAAGUUUGGGUUCGACCGCGGGUGAUGUCGCCUCGCGUCGUCAGUCAAUCGUCUUUACUCAUCACGAAGCGCGGCUACCU